AUGGCGGUCCUUACGUUGCUGACCACUGGUCUAGCGCUGGCCUCCGUGGCCUCCGCAGCCACUAAGCCCUAUCCCAAGUUCGGCAGCAAACAAUUCGAUCAGUCUUUCCUCGACGGAUACAACCUGUUGAAAUUCACCUCCAGUCUCGGCCCGUAUUCGGAUCGUGUCUCUUACGGUGUCGAUAGAAACACGCCAGCAGGAUGCGAAGUAGACCAAGUACACAUGCUCAUGCGCCAUGGCGAACGGUAUCCCGACGCGUUCUUGGCCGUCGAAUACGUCGCUGCGUUGGAGAAGUUGUACGGCUCAAAAAUCAAAACCUGGUCCGGAGAUCUUGCGUUCUUGAAUGAGUGGACCUACUAUGUCCCGGACGCAGCACUCUACGGUCAGGAGUCCACAAUGGGACCAUAUUCUGGACUGCUCAACGCAUUUAAUCGUGGCAGUGAGUAUCGUCUCCGCUACGACCAUCUGUGGGACGGCAAGUCCAUUGUCCCCAUCUUCACGUCCGGUUACGAGCGCGUUAUCGAGACGGCUCGUUAUUUCGGCCAGGGAUUUUUCGGAUACAAUUACUCAACCAACGCUGCUAUCAAUAUUAUCCCCGAAGCAGCCACGCAGGGCGCAAAUAGUCUGACUCCUUCAUGUGCUGCGGACACCGGUUAUGAGACAUGUUUCUUCGAGACAAGAACUUCCCCGUUGUUGAAUGUUGCUGCUGCACGAUUCAAUGAGCAGAAUCCUGGAUUGAAGCUUAACUCGACUGAUAUUUACAACAUCAUGCAAAUGGCCGCCUUUGAGCUGAAUGUCCGUGCUUAUUCGCCCUGGAUGGAUGCUUUCACUCUGGAUGAGUGGGUGGCUUACGGAUACCUCACUGAUCUGACUUACUACUACUGCUUUGGACCUGGUGACCCAUACAGCUUCGCAGUAGGCCAGGUCUAUGCCAACGCCACUCGAUUCUUGAUGGAAGCUGGACCCAAGGAAGGAUCCAUGUUCUACAGUUUCACCCACGAUGCAAACAUCACCCCCGUCGUUGCAGCCCUAGGCAUCGACGUCCCCGAACAACAUCUUCCCAACGACACAAUCCCUUUCCCCCAUACAUACCACACCGCCAACAUCGUGCCCAUGGGCGGCCACUUGACUCUCGAACGCAUGACCUGCAACGCCACCGCUCUCAGCAAAGCCGGCGUCUUCGUUCGCGCAAUCAUCAACGAGGCUGUCGUUCCAUGGAGUACCUGCCAGAGCGGUCCCGGAUUCUCGUGCCCGUUGGCCAAUUAUUCGGCUAUCAUUGAUAAGGGGCCUAAAUUUACAGAGACGUGUGAUACGCCAGCGGCUUAUCCCAAAUACGUGGAUUUCUUCUGGAAGUAUAAUACUUCUACUCAGUAUAACUAUCAAGAGGGGCAGAUCUCGUAUCAGCUUACUACCACUAAUGUCUAA